AUAUUGUAGGCAAAUAAAGGAGCCCUAUUGAUUAGUGGGAGUUGGGUGACGUCAAACUUGGUUGGUUUGUUGGCCAUGGUCAAACAGGAAGGUGAAUGCCAAUUCAAUAAAUACCGGAUGAACCGCGUGCCUGUUUCUCAUCUCAAAUUUUGGCACAUCGUUGACAUCCUCCGCUAGAAAUGAGCUCAUCUUAGUGGUGAUCAAGAUGGAUUACCAACAUGACUUCACCAUCCCAAAACGACGGGGAGAGGCAUUGAUUUAUCAUCGUCGGGGUCACAAUGUAGAUAAACCCUCGGCAGACAACCCAAGACACAGUUAGCCAAAAAUUCGGAGACUUGAUGAGGAAGGUGCAUUGGCCACCACCAACUUCGUCAAUAGCUACCAGAUUCACAUGGUGCUCUGUUACUCACUACCGACAUCCAGAGGCAUGUGUGUACAGUAGUGGCUAGUAGGUGGAUAAGUGAGUGAGUUAGCUCGUUAGUUAUUGACUCGCGGGUUGCCACCCCGACCAACCAACCAACCAACCAACCAACCACCAACAUUAACAACCAACGACCAACGAUCAACGGCGACUUCGACACUGACUUUAACUUCGACUCCGACUUCGACUGGAAUGGCCGAAUAAAUAAGCAGAGGUGCCAAGAGAGCUCGAAUCGAGUUCUUUCGCCCAUCCUUUUGCCAUUGGCCAUGAAAUAUGAGAGAGCACUUCGUUCAUCGACCGACCCACCGACAACCCACCACCGACCGACCACCGACCCACCAAAUAUCUAUCUAUUCGUCCAAGAAGCAAGUAAGCAACACACGGAUCAACAAGCCAGAUCCGACGGCACAAACCAACGUUAGACAGAGUACCGUAGCACCUUGAGUUAGUCACCAUAAUCAUUUUGGGGCCUGAGGAGGUGCGAGAAGUUCAGAAGUGUGCGGGUGUAUAUUGUGUUGUGCUCAUCAUGAAGUUUGUCCAAGUCCAAUGUAGUAUCAUCCUUUGGAUUUCGCUGAUCCUCGCCUCAUGCCAAUCCCAGGAUGUCACGACCAACGCUCCAGAAGAGAUCGUUGAGAUCACCACCAAUGGCGAGAUCAACGUGAAAUUACCCUCUUUGACGAUUCAGACUAGUUCCAUUCGUGUGGUGGAUGAUGUCAACGUCCUGCAAGUGAAUGGCAUUGGUUCCGUGCAAGAGGUUCAACUGGAGUCCGAGACCACUGAAACUCCAGAAGACUUGGCCUCGACUACUGAAGGUCUUGAGAUCGAAGAGACGACAAUCUUGGAAAGCUCGACUUCUGAGGCGUCAGCUCUUGCGACCGAUGAGGAAGAGACUAUCAGAGUCUCCGACAUUGCCCCUGAAGGUGUUUUGACGACUCUAGCCCCAUCCGUUCCUGAGAUAACUUCUUUGGAAAAUGUGGACCCGGUCGCUACUGAAAAGAAUGCUCAUGUUGAUGAGGAAGAAGAGCUUGCCACUACUGUGGAGCCUUUGUUUAAUGGUGACUCCACUACAAUCGAAGCCGAUGAAGGCACCACCUCGACUCCUGUACAAAUAAACGCUCAUUUAAACGACACAGCCAACACGGCCCACUCAUCUACACAGACUGAGAUCGUAGAAGAUGAGUCUCUCGAAGAGGCUGUUCCUGAAGGCGAACCGAUUGAGGAUGAAGUCAGUGAAUCCAUUGAAGAGCCGUCAAAUGACCUCGAGAGCGAUGACUCAACCUCGAAUGAGGAAGACACCAUCCCCGAGAAUCUUAGACCCAAAUUCCCUGCAGCCCAACCCAGAGCCAUUGGAAAGAUUGUGCCAUCUGUUCAAGACUUUGCCGAAAGGGUUAGGAAUGGCAAGCAAUUGCAGGAAGAUGGUACGACCAUUCAACCCGAAAUUGACGCUACUACCACUAGCACGGUUGCUGAUCAGGAGCUGGUUGUAAUCACGGAGCAACCUGCAGAAAUUGAAAUUGAGGCCACUACCUCGGACCCUGUUGUCAUUCAGGAGGAGCUAGAAGAUGUAACUCUAUCCUCUGCCUCCAACGACGAGGAGAUCGAAGUUACCCCCUCAAAUUCCGAAUCCUCCAUUGAGGAGACCGAAGAAGUAACUCAAUCAUCCAGUGAUGCCAAUGACCAGGAGGUCGAGGUAACCACAAUCAGUAUUGAACAAUCCAUUGGGGAGAUCGAAGAAGUGACUCAAACCCUCAAUGGCGUCACUGACGAGGAGCUUGAGGUUACCACAACCAAUUCUGAACUAUCCAUUGAGGAGAGCGAAGAAAUCAGUGUCAACUCCGACUCUCCGAUUGAGUUGACUGAUGAGGUACUCCCUAGUACUGAUGCCAGUAUUGAGGAGCCAGAGGUCACAACCACCACCUCUGAAGCCCUUAUGGAGCUCACCCAAGCCACAACUUUCAGAGCUCUUGUUGACCAAGAGGUGGAGAUUCCUGACUUAGUAGAGGAAGGUGAAGAAGUUUCCACCGAGGUAAGCGAUGCCAGUGAACCCAUCAAUGACGAACCAACCAUCCCCGAUGCUCAGCCAAUCGUGAUCGAAGAGGAGGAAGAGGAGGAAGAGCCCUCCAACCCUAGCCCUAUCGAAGAGAAUCUUCGUCCUCGGAUCACCUCUCAACCCGCUAUGAUUCAAUUCUUCACGGUGGGAGAGCCAUUCGUCCUGAUCUGCGAGGCCGAAUCUCAAACCGGAGAUGAGGUCAAGUACUCGUGGACUCGCAAUGGACACUUUCUCAGAGAAAACGACCCGGUCAACCAGAUCUACCGGGAGAGUCUCACCAAUGGCAAUCUUCUGUUCAUUUCGCCCAAGAUCCGAGACGUGGGCACUUAUCAAUGUGUGGCUGAGACGUUGGCGGGCAAGUCCUUCUCUCAAGCAUCCUUGCUGAUGGUUCAACGAGAAGCUGAGGCCAUAGCGUCCCGAUUAGUGGAUAACAAUGAGGUGGUCUUGGUGGACACUCGGGAGCCGCGCCAAGAGCGCGUGUUUGUGGUCAUGCCGGAGGAGGAAUAACAACGAUGAUAUUGGUUCGAAUCCAAAUGGGCCAUAUUUGAUCAUAUACUUCGUAUGAGAACUAUGUUGCCAUGUUUUCUGGGCAUUACUCGCGUUUUAAUGAGAUGUGGGAAAGUCUCAAAAUGAAGCUGUGACGUUGAAAAACGCAGCCACUUUUUAUUCAAUGCAUUUUCCACAACCAGUUGGUCAUAUUUAUACAGAGAUUCCUUAUCCUGAAAUACACGAUGACUCAAGAGGA